AGUCCAUGACAUUCUUCCGUACAGCGUACUUCUUAGAUUGCCAGACUCAUACAGAACCAAAACAUAUUAACCCUCAGCUGCGUCAAUGCAUGUUAUAUUAACUAAAUCGCAUGUGGUGUUGAAUAGACAUUAAUAACAUCACCUGUGUCUGGUUUGUCCAACUUUGUGCGGCUAUAUAACCUGUUGAUCUGCCAAGCUCCACUGCGAGUACAGCUGCUCAUGUUGUCUGUCCGUGUGGUUUCUCCGAGAACAAAUGAAGCUAAAUUAGAAUUUAAUUUGCGCUAGGAAGGUAUCUUAUCCUUUCUGGUUGUCAUGGAAAUGAGAUGCCUCUCACUCACACAAUGAAUAGUGGAGUCAGACGCACUAAUGGUCUGAGAGGAGAAUAGUCUAACCUACAUUCAGUCAGGAGCUGAGAGAGAGGAGAGUUAAAGCUCUUUGAUUUUAUGCCAUGUGGGGUUGUUGUUUUUUGCCUCAUCAUGUAGGAUUUUCUGUUGUGCUGUUAAUGAGUGAUUUAUAAGAUUUAGCCUACAUGGUGUGUUUGUGGGAUAGUGGGCUUGUUUGUAGGCUAUGUCACUGACAGGCAAGUCCACGAUUAGGCUAUUACAGUAGCCUAAGUAUCAAUGUGAUUCUUAACCCUGGUUUGCUUUUUGGGGAUUAGAGCUCCACAAAAAAGGUGAUAGUUGUUUUCCAAAACUGGUGGCCAGUUUUAAAUGUCAGCAGUCUGACUGUCUCUAGGAGGACACGGCCUCUCAUCCCACUGAAAGCAGGAAAAACACCCUUGCCACAUUACAUUUCUGAAGCCUUCUGUUAUAUACAUCUGAUGACAACAGACGCUGUUAUCUACAGCAGCUGCCAAGGCUACCCAAUUUAUUGUAAGAAACAGCCACUGCUGAGUUAAGGUACUUGAGCAACUUUCUUAUUUUACCUUUCCUACUUUCACGCACUCAGGUUAACGCACGCACGCACGCCGCGCACGCAGCCACUUCUGAUAGUCUCCCUCUCAGGGCUGAUUUACAGUAGGCCUAUACUCACAUAUUUCUCUGGUCUCCCCUUUAUGUCCCCUCUUUUCUCUGUCUCUGUUUGCUGGAAGCCUCGCGCUGUCCGGGGUUAUUGGUGCGAGGGGCUACCGGGGGCUACCGGCGCUCCGGGGCGCGUGCUUUGCAGCUCUUGUGUCGUUCUCUUGGUUACCGGUGCGCGCAGGGCCAGAGCCCCACCGACUGUCUCGGCCUGAGAAGAAAGCCAGAGGGGAGUAGUUUGCUCAUUUAGAAAAAAACAGAGUGAAUGUCUCACUUUGCAGAUUAUUGUGAAUAUGGCAUUUAAUUUUCCCUCUUUAAAUCCCCACAAAGGUUGUGACAAGAGCUAAUUUACGCAUAAUUGUGCUCUUGACUUCAAGUUUAUGUAAGUGAAUCAGGCUAUUUAGUCUUGUAUCAAAGAAUAUGUUAUUUCUGCUGCUGCUGGAAACAACUAGAUUUUUUUUCUGCACUCCAAUGGCACCACACAUAAUUGAAUAAUGCCUUAACUGUUCCAAAUCAACCCUAAUUCAAUAAAUAUACACAACCUUACUUGUUUGUUUACUCUGGUUUGUCUUUUUUCUUUAUUUCAACAUAUUUGAAGUCUCUGGCAUUCAGUAUGCAUAAAAGUCAUAUCCUGACCAAUGAACCAUCAUAAGAGUUCAUAGAGGUCCACGGUUUCCUCUCAGAACUGGUAUGUAAGUUUAGAGUUAGCUCUGUCUAUCUGUCCAAGAGGACGAAUUUGAUCUGUUGACACAAAGAUAAGAUACGAGGGCAGUCUACAGGUGCCUGUAGAACUGAGCGUCGGUUAUGGGGGCUGUGGCUCGUCAACACACAACAUUGAGACGCUUACCGGGAGAUCGAGUGGUAUCUCGACUUGACCGUAUACCAGAGGGUCUGUGUCUUGAAAAGAGAGGUGGAGAAAGAGAGAGAGAGCGUGCGUAAAUAAGUGAGCGUGUGACAGAAAGGGGGCGCUCUGGGCCUUGAAAUCCUGCGGCCACAGUGCGCCCUGCUGCAGUGAGAGGGAGUUGGAGGCGCACGGCACACAGGAGUCCACUGGUUUGGUUUCAGGUCCGACUCUCCAAAAUUUACAGAUUUCUCCCUGGCUCUGGAUGAACCCUGAGCAGGCGAAUGCGGUGGCGAUCAGAGGCAAGAAAAACGGUGGCCUGGAGGCACUGGCACAGACUGCUUUUUUAAAAGUUGUCAGUUUUGUAGACACAGGUUCGGAAGAGCGAGCCCAGCCGAGCUCGGAGCUUCGGCGACCGGACACUUCCUCUGCGACGCCCGCCGAGUCAUCCCUGCUCCAGGAGUCCUGUCCCGGCCGCAGCCACGCCACCCCUCAAUCCCGGACACCCAGCACCAUUCAGCGCGAAGCUCUUUCACCAGACAUGCCCUGUGUGCAGGCUCAGUAUGGGCCUGCCCCUCCAGGCUCAGCCUAUUCUGGCCAGUCCUUCAGUUACCAGGGCGACAGCUACAGCUCUGACCUCAUGACCCCUGACUACACCAAGCUGGAACUGGGUGAUGGUGACAUCUCUGCCGCCGCCGCCACUACCUCCCUCCCCAGUUUCAAUGUCUUUGUGGAGGGCAGCUACGAGCCCAAAUCCUCCUGCCUCUACCAGAUGCCUCCCCACAGGCCCACCAUCAAAAAGGAGGAGGAGAGUUACCCAACUGCCCCGCCACUGGAGGCCAUGUCCUCCUCCACCAUGUACUUUAAACAGUCUCCCCCGUCCACCCCCACCACCCCAUCCCUGCCGCCUCAGCCUGGCACCUCCUUCUUGUGGGAGGAGCACCCCCUCGCCCCGCCAUCACACCCCCACUCUCUUGGCUCCAGCUUGGAUGCAGGCCCCCUCAAGUCGCCCCGCUUUCCGCACUUCUACCAGCACUCGCCACCCCACAGUGGCGGUAGCGUCGGAGGUUAUGAGAGUCUGGGUGGAGGGCUGGUUCGCACCUCUUCCUCUUCCUCCUCCUCCUCCUCCUCGAUCUCCCAUCAUCACGGUCCACCCCUGGAGCAGCCCAUGUACCAGCUGCACCGCGGGGCCGGGGGCAGCAGCCUCGCCUUCCGCUCCCUGGCUCUUGGGCCCUGUGGCCCCCUAUUAGGAGACAGCCUGCCCUCACCUCCGCCACGUUGCCCCCAAGGAGAGGGCACCUGUGCAGUGUGUGGGGACAAUGCUGCCUGCCAGCACUACGGCGUACGCACAUGUGAGGGAUGCAAGGGCUUCUUCAAGCGCACAGUGCAGAAAAACGCCAAGUAUGUGUGUCUGGCCAGUAAGAACUGUCCUGUGGACAAGAGAAGACGCAACCGCUGCCAGUACUGCCGCUUUCAGAAGUGUCUCAGUGUCGGCAUGGUGAAGGAAGUGGUACGUACUGAUAGCUUGAAGGGGCGCCGAGGCCGUCUGCCUUCCAAACCAAAGAGCCCCCUGCAGACAGAAGCGUCUCCUCCAUCUCCCCCCCUCAGCCUGCUCUCCGCUCUGCUCAGGGCUUAUUCCCACUGCACGCCC